ACGGAAUGAGAUGCACGAAUAAAAAGUUGACACGAUUUCGAUGGGAAUUUGCGUUUGAGCGGCGGCAGGAUCAUUUCUGACUAUCCUCCGGUCUGGGAAGUUCCCUUGGGGGGUUUCAUUAUGGCUUCAGGCGCCGGUAAGGCUGCACAGCCCCCCGGGCCGGGCUCCGCCGUUAACGGGACUGCGGCAGAGUUCCCUAACAUCGAACAGGAGCUGUACGACUACCAGAUGCACAGCAAGAUGUGCAAAAAGAUCGCACAGCUCACCAAGGUGAUUUACUCUCUGAACAUGAAGAAUGAGGAGCAGGAGGCGUCACUGCAGGCCUUGAGCCACGCCCAUCACGAGGAGCUGCACCACAUCCUUAUGGAGACGUGUCAUGAAGGAGACGGGUCAGUGCUGAGGACACGCCUCCUGGAGCUGCAGGAGUCUCUUGAUGAACAGCAGAGAGUUGGAGCCCAGGUACAGGCAGACUUUGAGUGUUUCCGCAUCCAUGCGGAGGAGAGGGAGCGAGAGACUGAGGCUGAGCUGAGAAAAGGGUUUGAGGAGAGGCUCCAGGCUGCAGAAGAGGAGCUACAGGAGGCCAAAUCCCAGAUCAGUGCAGCCCAGGAGGAGAGCCUGCAGUUGAGCAAAGAACUGGAGAAGGCUGGAGAGCAGAUCCAAGAGCUGGAUGCCAAAUGCAAGGAGCUACAAAUGGCAGCUGAUGAAGAAAGGGAGCAAAAGCAGAGAGAAGAUGAGGAGAAAAAGAAAGAAGAGGAGGACAGACAAACAGAAGAGCAGGAGGACUCAGAAAGAGUGAAAGGACUCUUAGAGGAGGUGAACGCACUGAAGGAGGAGAAGGACCGAGUGGAGGAGGAGAAGAGGCGAGCGGUGAAAGAGGAACGGGAGCAAUGGGAGCAAAAGACAAACUAUCUUAACGAGGAGAAAGAGGAAAUGAGGAAGAAGAUGGAGGCAGAAUGGAGAGAGGAGAGGCAAAGGUGGGAAGAGAGGGAGGAAGAGGAGAAGAAAGGGAUGCACAGCGCUCUAAGAGAAAGAGUGAAGAGAGCAGAGGCAGAGGUGGAAAGUCACCUGGAGAGACUUGCAGAGAGCAAGAGAAACACAGUCAAACUGCAAGAGCGAAUACAGGACCUGGAGGAAGAGCUGGAACUGGAUCGGAGGCGUGUGUCCGAGGCCGAGGGCGUGGCUAAACGGGCGGAGGAGGAGCUAGCGGUCGCCAAGGAGAGGCUGCUGCUGCAGGAGGAUGAGCUGCAGAGCAGAGCAGAAGAGCUGCUGAAUCGUGGUGGCUGCGAGGUGUGUGUGUGUGCUGAGGUGGAGGAACUAAGGAGCCAUGUGAGCCGUCUGCAGAGCAGGAACAGAGAGCUGGAGCUACAGAGCAGCGGCAGAAACAAUGACCAUGCCCGGCAGAUUCGCCAGCAUGCUGAGGCCCUAUCCUGUUUGCGUUCUGAGAUGGUGCGAGCUCAGACAGAGGAGCUGCGUCGCAUCCAAAAACAUGCAGACGACGAGAGGGAGAAACUGCAGAGGGAGAUAGAAAAAGAGAGGGAAACUUUGAGGAAGGAAAGAGAGCAGGAGAAGGAUCACAUGGAGAAGGACAGAAACCGAGUCCGCAGAGAGAGAGAUGAGGAGAGGGAAGCGCAGCGCAAAGAAAUUGAGGAUGUCAAAGAACGUCUGAGGAAGGAAAAGGAAGAAGAGUUGGACAGGCAACGCAAGGAGUUGGAGGUGGAGAGGGUUCGUGUUCUCUCCCAGCUGGACAAGAACAUAGAGCAGGUGGAGGCAGAGAGGGUUGGUGUGCAGCAGAAGCUGGAAGAGGAGAAGAAGAGGUUGGUGGAAAAGGCUGAGGAGGACAGGAAGCGGCUGAAGGAGCAGGUACGGAAGGCUAUAGAGGAGGUUAUGAGGAGACACGCAGCUGAACUGCACAGCGUCCAAGAAGCUCUGAGCUCAGAGAAGAAGACCAACCAAGAGGUGUGUGCGCGUCUGGAGGAGGAGAGGAGAGGAGGAGAGGAGCUACGCAGCGGGCUGGAGAAGGAAAGGGAGGAACUUGAGAUGAAACUGAAAGAUGCCAGCAGUGAUAUCUGUCGGUUGAAGUCAGUAAUCCAUCAACAAGAAAAGAAAGAAAAGUCCCCUCCUGAAGCUGCAACCUCAACCUCUCACCUGGAGGAGGAACUGCAUCAGACUCGGAGUCGACUGGCUCGGAUACAGGAGGAGGCAGAGAGGCAGCGGGACCGGCAGCAGAGAGAGAUAACGUCUCUGAGGGCUGACAAACACCGGCUGGAGGAGAAAGUCCUGGAACAGAGCCGACUGAACACAGAGAGAAACCUUCUAGAGCAGAGCCAGCGGCACAACGAGGACCAGAUCAGGGCAGAGUGUGAGGAUCGUCUCAGAGCAGAGUUCAGGAUAGAGAUGAAUGCAGCUGUUGCUGAGAGUGAGCAGAGAUGGCAGAACCGAGAGCAGGAGCUGCAGACCCAGAUAACUGAGCUGCAGGGUCAACUAGACAAGCAGGCGGAGGAAAAGAAGGCGGAAUCGGGAGACGACUGUCACGGCAACCCUGAAAUUGACAAGCUGAAGAAGGAGGUUCAAGAGACCAAGGAGAUAAACAAGAAGCUGAGGGAGCUGCUGCAGGAGCCCCAAAGCCAGUCUUUAGCUGAGGAGAGACACAGUCACGCCGUAGAGCUGCAGACGUUACAGCGACAGGCAAAAGAAGAUCUGCUGUCUGAGAGGAACAGACUACAGACAAUGCACCACCUGGAGCUAGAUAAGCAGCGUGCAGAGUUGACCCAGCAGCACACCGAGUGGAGCAGACAGAUGACCCAGAGACAUAUGCAGCAGAUAGAGGAUCUGCAGGCUCAAUUACAAGCACACACACAAAUGAUGGCCUUGCAACAGGACCUGAAGCAGCAGAACCAGUAUCAGGUGUUUGAGCGACAGCUGGAUGAGAGUCGCUGUGCCAUGCUGGAGCUGCAGAGAGAGAAUGCAACACUGAAAAAACAAUUAAAGGAAAAGUCAGUACGAGAAAUCCGUAAAGUUGAAGAGAAAGAGGAGGAGACAGUAGAACUGCACAAGAAUCGAGAUGCGCAACUCGAAGAAGAAGCACAACGUCUGAAGGAGGAAGUGGAGAAACUGAGGGUGGAGAUGGAGAAACUGGAGGAGUCACAGAAACACUGGGAGGACAAAAAAGAGGAGGAUGUGAAAGAAGAGGAGGUGGAGGAUGAGGAGAAGAAGAAGGAGCGGGAGGAAGAGAAGAGGAAAGAGGAGGUGGAGGAGAUCCGGAGGGAGCACAAGAAGGAGAUGCAGAGUUUGGUCUCUGAGUAUAGCAGCGCCCAGACGCACCUGCAGGCCCGCAUCGUGGCUCUGGAGAAUGAACUGCGUGAGCGAGAGGAACGGUGCAGGAGGAGGGAGCCUCGAUGUGAUGAUCUGCAGUUGGGAAAACUCCAGGAGAGACUGACGGAGAGAGACCAGCUCAUUAAACGAUUAGUGGAAGAGAGGCAUCAGCUGCAGCUUCACCCUCCUGUUGCCGGGGACAACAGCACCCUCAGGCUCCGUGACAGCAAGUCCCGCCCCGGGAGUGUCACGCCAACCAUGAGGAGGAAGCGGGUGGAGUCGCCUCCUCGUGUCACCAGCAUCUCCAGCGCCGGUACUUACGACAGGAGCAUCUUCCUCCCCCGAUCCUCAUCAUCGUCUUCCUCCUCCUCUUCCGUCCAUCAGCACUCCUCCUCAACCCUCCCCCACCAGUCCACCUCCCAACCUCAGACUUCCCCCCAUUACUCCACCUCCUCUCUUCCACACAAGCACACCUCCCUCUCCCUCAGCCAACAUUCCUCCCCAUCCGUCCCUCGCUCUGCCAGAUCCCGGACCUCCUGUAUCCCCCCUACCCCGGCACCCACCGCUCCCCUGCCCGUCUGUCCCUCGCCACAGACGGGCAUUCGCUACGUGUCACCCUCCUGCCAGGACCCACACGCACACCUGCAGGCCCAUUCAAUCAGGGGUCCGUAUGUGGAGCAGAGGGGGACAGAGGGGCUAAAACAGGAGUGGUUCACCAAAUACUUCUCCUUCUGAGCACAAACACACAAACAUACAAACAUACACACGCA